UCGAAUUUCGGCGGCAUUUUAUUUCAUUAACAAUUGCGCUUUUUGUAAACAAAAACAUGGUAAAAACUAAGGGAAAUCAAAAGAUAGUCGGCAUGCAUCCACGUAAUGUGUUACGCACGCAGCCCGACUACACCAAAAUGGCUAUAAAAUACAAAGAUUUUCGGGAGCAGUGCCAGUUGGAGCUCAAUGGCAAGGUUUCUGUUAACUUUCGCAAUGAAAAGACCCUGCGCGAGUUGACCAAAAUGCUGUUGAAGGAAUAUUACGAUUUAGAUGUGGAUUUUGCACCCGGAAGUUUGGUGCCGACAUUAGCACUCCGUUUGAAUUACAUUUUGUGGUUGGAGGAUCUAAUGGAACCUCUGAGCUUGCAGGUCAUUCGUGGUAUAGAUAUAGGCUGCGGCUCCUCCUGUAUUUAUUCACUGCUUGGAGCCAAGAAAAAUGGUUGGCACAUGUUGGCUCUGGAAUCGAAACCGCAAAACAUAGAAUACGCCAUGAAGAAUGUAAAGAAAAACCACCUGGAAAGCCUUAUAGAAGUCUAUGCUCAACCAGACAACACGAAUAUCUUUAAGAGCUAUUUUGAACAGGAUCAGCGACAGUUACAGUACCAAUUUUGCCUGUGCAAUCCACCCUUCUUCGACUCGAACUUACCAAAUCCCCUAGGCGGAAAUACCAGGAAUCCAGAAAGACGACCAGCACCCAAUAAUGCCAGAACUGGAAGCCAGGAGGAACUCACCUGCGUGGGCGGCGAGGUACAGUUUGUGCAACGCAUCAUAGACGAGAGCCUGGAGAACAAGGAGCGCGUGCGAAUCUACACCACGAUGUUGGGCGUCAAGGCCAACGUUCCAAGAAUACUGGAUUACCUGAAGGAGCAGCAGGUGGCGAAUGUCAGCACCACUGAAUUCCAUCAGGGACACACGACUCGGUGGGCGGUGGCCUGGAGCUUCCACUCGGAGCCACUACAGCAGGGGACAACAUUAAAUUAAGUUGCCAUUAGCUCUGGUAGAGUAUCUUUUAGAUGGUAGGGGCGAAUUAGUUAUACUUAUUUUUGUUUUUAUAGGACUUAUUUAAAAAAUUUAAUUUUUAUAGGCAUCAGUUUAAAUGUAUAAGUUCUUGAAGAAUUGCAGCAUCUUUCGAAUGUACUCUGACCUUCACCUGUGCUCAUCCCAUAAAGCAACUCCAUUACAAGCUCCACGAACGGAAAUUAUCGUUUCGCUUUUAUCAUUGACCACAGCUGACCACACACUUCGACGGAAAAAGGCAAACGGAGUCGGAAUGGCAACCGAAAUGGAGGCAAACACGCUCACUAAGCACAAGUCGCCGCCGCUGGUCAACACACCGACGUUUCCACACCUUUGAGCCGGGGAAUUCGGGCGUUUCGCUUGACCACCAUGUGGGAUAGUGAAUAACAAAUUUUAAUUGCUGCACGGGCACGUUACUGAUUUGCUAAUUAUUCGACAAGAAAAUACCUUUAAAUGCAGGGAGAGUAUAUUAAAAGUGAAAUCAUUGAUUCUUUUAGGAAGUACUUAAGUUAAACUUGUACUGUAUCUUAAACAUAUAUAUAUUGUAAUAUAAUAGUAUUUUAUAUA